AUGGCUGCAAAGGAUAAAAUGAUCUCCUUCGAGGACUACCAGGGAGUCCUCACGGCCUAUUUCGAAUGGGCCGACAGCUACGACAGCAAGGACUGGGAACGCCUACGCAAAAUCGUCGCACCCACACUCCGAAUAGACUACCGCUCGUUCCUCAACAAGAUCUGGGAAGCCAUGCCCGCCGAAGACUUCAUCGCUAUGGCCUCCGACCCCAAAGUCCUUGGCGACAAGAAGCUCAAGACCCAACACUUCUGCGGCGCCUCGAAAUUCGAGAAGGUCUCCGACACAGAAAUCAAGGGCUGGCACCAACUGCGCGUGCCGCAUCAGAAGUACAAGGACGAGACGCUCAGUGAGGUCGUCGUCAAGGGACAUGCGCACAGCACGAACGAGCACUGGUAUAAGAAGGUGGACGGCGUGUGGAAGUUUGCGGGGCUAAACCCGGAUAUCAGGUGGUUCGAGUACGAUUUCGAUCAGGUCUUUGCGGAGGGACGCGAGUCCUCGGACAUUACGGGUGACUCGAAGAAGGACCAGGAGAAGUUGGCGCAGCAGGCUGCUGGUGUGCCGACGGACGCGAAGAAGUGA